GCUCAGUCACGUGAGACACAUCGCUUGUGUUUUGAGAGAAAAGGAAGCGGGGCAGUUAGCCUAUCCCUAAUGGACAUGAGCCGCAAAUGCCUUCUUGUUUUACCGGUCUGCCGCACAAACUCGACUGUUAAGUGCUCUGUUUUGCAUGUGUUCAAGCUAACUGCCACAAGGUGGAAAUUCUCGGUCAGCCGUUAGUGCGAUUCAAAUAAGCUACAAUGCUAACUUAGCUUCAGACUUGAGCUGAAAUAAGCUAACUCGUCAUGUUGUUUUUUGUAUUUCAGUGUUUAUACUAAAUAAAACGGGAAUUGAAUGUAGAUAUUCUUAAUGUCUGUUUGCUCUCUCAGUCCAAAUGAGUGAAACAAAAGGCUAUCUUUUCGAUGCUAAGCGCGGGGCUAGCUGCGUUGGUUAACGGAGGUAAACGUGACGCGACAGAAAUGGCUGAAAGAGCCGAAAACGACGACAUCGUGAUUAUCGUGGAAAACGAGGCUGAAAGUUUGCCCGCCGGAGAGGAGAAGCUCAAACAGCAGGGCGCUUUCGGCCUCAUGGAUACAUGUCCCAUCUGUAAGCUGAGCUUCCACAACAGGGAGCCCAAACUGCUGCCGUGUCUGCACUCCUUCUGCAGGAGGUGUCUGCCUCCCCCUUUAAGGAGCGCCGAGCCUAGGCGGGACUCCCACCCUGCAGUCGGUUCCAUUCGGUGCCCGGUGUGCAGACAGGAAUGCUGGGAGGUGGACAUCUUGGACAACUUCUUCGUCAAGGACUCGGCUGAGGUGCCAAGCAGCACGGUGGAGAAAACCAGCCAGCAGGUGUGUAUGAGCUGUGAAGACAACACAGAAGCCACAGGUUACUGCGUGGAGUGCGUGGAGUUCCUGUGCUUGACGUGCGUCGAGGCGCACCAGAGAGUAAAGUUCACCCGGGAUCACAACAUCCGGCAGAAGGAGGAGAUGUCUCCAGAUGUCCUCGGCCUUUCCACGCAGAAGCCCGUCUUCUGCGACGUCCACAAGCAGGAGCCGCUCAAGCUGUUCUGCGAGACGUGCGACCGGCUCACGUGCCGAGACUGUCAGCUCCUCAAGCACAAGGAUCACAACUACCAGUUCCUGGAGGAUGCAUACAGGAAUCAUAAGCAGUAUCUAGAAACUAUGACUCUACAGUUGCAGGAAAAGAGGAAGUCAAUUGAGGAUGUUUCAACCUGCAUCAAGUCUGGAUUGCAGCAAGUCGAAGAAAAUCGUAAAUCUGUAACAAACGAAAUCAAGAAGUCCAUCUGUAACCUCAUCAUGGAGAUCAACAGGAAGGGGAAGAUCCUGAUCAACCAGCUGGAGGCGCUCACCAAGGACCACGAGAUGGCUUUGAAGAAGCAGCAGGACGACAUCAGCGCUCUGACCAGGCAGCUGGACCAUGUGAUCAGCUUCACUAAAUGGGCGACGGACAGCCACAGCGGGACGGCUCUGCUGUACUGCAAGAGACUGAUCCUUUACCAGAUCCAUUACUUGAUGAGAACGAGCUACAACCCGUCCAUCGUCCCGCAGAGCUCCGUUCGCUUCCAGUGUCGCUCUGGUUUCUGGGCUACAAACGUGGACCUCGGUUCUCUGGUGGUAGAGAGAUCUCAGGGGAGGGCACCCAUCGCCAACCAACAGCCAGGCCCCCGGGCAGAGGCCCCGUCCGGGGGCCUCUCCCUCGCAGCAGCACAGCAGCGGCAGAGCACUCUGGCUCAGCUUCAGAUGCAGGUUGACAAGCUCUCCCACCAGCCCCAAAGGCAGCCCCCUCCAAACCACUGGCCGUGGUAUCAGAACGUCAGACUCCCAGCUCCUGCCGGCCCCACUCCACCAACCAGAUCCAUCCAUGGGGGCUCGUCUCCCUCUCAGGCCCCCCCCAGCUUCACACAGCCUGGGCGCAGGUAUGGGAACAGCCAUCCCAACCCUAGAAGCCCUCCUGCAUCCAUGCUUCAGAGCUCAGCCUACACAGCCUCUCAGUCUCUGCGGGAGCUGAUCCAUAGCUCCACAUUCCCUCCUAAACCCAUCGACGUGUCUCCGGGGGCUUCCCGCUUCCCACAGCCUCUAUCAGCGGGAGCAGCUUCUCUACAGAGAUGCUUGCCGGAGUCUUCCCUCCUAAGGAGGAGCGAAGCUGGGCCAUCUGUCCCCACCGUCAGCAUCGUUCCCAGACCCAGUAUGGGUUUAUGUCUGACAGCUGGAAAUGCUGACAAAAGCAGCUCAUUGGCUCCUAUGACAGCUCCAGGACAACAGAACUCCCCGCUGGCAAAACCGUCGUCCUCAGACAGAACCUCAGGGAUGACUUCCUGGAAGCAGACGUCUGUGCCUCCAUCUGCUCCUCCUCCAAAGCGAAGGAGGAGGUUAUCCCCAGGGCCCGUAAUUGUCAUCAAGGAUGAACCAGAGGAUGAGGAUGAAGUCCGUUUUGUCCAGUCCAGCGGUGGGUCAAGCCUCCCGGACAGCAGCACCAGCGCUCAGUCGAAGCCCCGGCCUCCACCUAAGGGGAUCGUAGCAUCAGAAGCCGCCGCGUCAACGUCGGCGGAUCAGUGCAAUCAGACGCAGCCUCAGCCCGGUCAGGAUAAGAAAGCCGAGCCGGAGGACGACCCGAAUGAGGACUGGUGCGCCGUGUGUCAGAAUGGGGGCGAGCUCCUCUGCUGCGACAAGUGUCCCAAAGUUUUCCAUCUCUCCUGCCACAUUCCCACUCUGAACGAGUCGCCGAGUGGGGAGUGGUUUUGCUCCUUCUGCAGAGACCCAGAAUCCCCUGAGAUGGAGUACGACUGCGACAGAGGCAGCGGGCCGGGCUCAGAAAAAUUUCCCCCUGUGGAUAAAAGGAAGUGUGAGAGGCUGCUGCUCCGCUUGUUCUGCAACGACUUCAGCACAGACUUCCAGGCGCCUGCGUCUCCGUCGGAAACCAGGCGCUACAAAGAGCUGAUAAAGACGCCGAUGGAUUUGUCAAUCGUGAAGAAAAAACUGGAGUCAAAGGAGGGUGAAUGCUAUCUCUGCCCCGAGGGCUUUGUUUCCGAUAUCAGGCUCAUAUUUUUCAACUGCGCCAAAUACUACAAGGCGACUUCGGAGGUGGGGAGUGCAGGCUUAUACCUGGAGGAAUACUUUGAGGAGCAGCUGAAGCUCAUCUACCCAGACAGGGUCUUCCCUGGAGGGAGGGAGGAGCAGAUGAUCCCUCCUUUGGAGGAUGAGAUUGAGGAAGAGGAGGAACAGCCAAUGGAGCAAGGCGAUACAUCCACAGAGGUCAAGAAGCCCCAAAGUCCUGCAGGAGAAGGAAGCUCUAAUGGCAACGGGGAAACUGUUCCUAAGGAAGAAGCAGCAGGAGAAAGCGAGAACCCAGAUGACAAAAAGAUGGAGAAAAGUGGAAAGGAGACUGAGGAAAUGAUUACAAAUGUAGAGGGAGGGAUUCCUCCUGCAGAGGAGGAAAACAAAAGUGAAAAUCCAACCAUUAAUGAGAGCGCUGAUGUGAAGCGGGUAGAAAACACAGAAGCUAACGACGGCACUAAAGACGAUACGGCUCAGCUUCCAACAGAGGAAACACCCGAUACUUCAGAGAGCGUGGCGCCCGCAGAGGAAGGAUAAACUGAUCACAGCUGAGGAGGAUCAAUCAGAGAAGUCUUCCACCAUCCUGGCCCCACCGUCAGCCGUCCUCCGAUGCAAUCAGAUCCUUUUUAUAAGCAGAGGCAUUCCUCUAUAGGUUAGCCGUUAUGCUAGAUGCAUAGCAAAGAACUAAAACCUUUAGCUUUUUUUAUUUCUGCAACUGUGAAAAGCACACAAAUGAGUUGUGUGCUUCGUUCAUGUUUAAGUUAUGAGAGACAUUGUAAAUACUUUAUAAUGAAAGCACAGUUUCUGAAGUAGGAAAAAGGCUGAGUUUAAACCUUUAAUGUAUUAGCAAUGCUCUGAUAUCAAUAAAACCAGGCUUUAUAACCAAUUUAGAUGGAGAAAGACUCUUAUCUGCGGUAGUUUUUAUUUUUAUUUAUAAUAAAACAAAUGUUAUGAUAAAAUACUGUAGAUUUUGUACAUUACUUUCACAGUAAUUAAAAAAAGUCAUUGCUGCUUCUUUGUUUUGCUGCAUUCUGCUGCAUAUUUUCUCUUUGAUAAAACACCAGUUUUAUCAGAAACCCAUUUCAUGUUUAAAAAAAACAUUCAGAUUUUUUUUUUUUGCUUGCUUGUUAUCUUCAUGUGGAGAUAUGAUAAUCAUUUCCUCAAAAACAUCUUUUUUUUCAAGCUUAAGACCUUGGUUACAUUUUUACUAUUAGAUGGUGGAAACUGCAGACUUAUGGGUAAUUAUAGGAACAGCAAAAGGUUAUUUGCUGAUGUAUGAAAAUGGAAAAAUUUAUAAAGGAAAGAGUUUUAUUUUUUAUUUGCUGCUGAAGGGAGAUACUUUGAACCAUAACCUAGAAUCAAUGUAGAGCAAAGAGAGUCUUCCUAAGUUUUUUAAUAUUUGCAA